AAUGGGUUCUUGUUAAUGCAAAUAACAAUAAAAGGAAAUAGAAUGUGAUGUAUAAUUUAUCAAAAUAUAAGUAGGAACAUCGCUAACCUUAUAAAGACAUCUAUGAAAGUACAUAAGGUUCUUUGAGUGAUUAUGAAUUGAUUCAACCUCCUUUGGGAGAAGGAGCUUUUGGAGUAGUUUGGAAAGCAAAACAUAAAGCCAGUGGAUAAUUUAGAGCAAUUAAGCAAAUAAAUAGUAAACACUCUGAUGAAUAUCAAAAUAUUAUUAAUGAAGUCAACAUAUUGAAAUCACUUGUAAACUAAAAAACUAAGUAUAGGAUCAUCCAAAUAUAAUAAAGAUAUUUGAUUUUUUUGAAAUAAAUCAGAAAUUAUACAUAAUAACAGAACUAUGUACUGGUGGAGAAUUAUAUGAUAAAUUAAUGGAAAUUCAUAAUUUUACAGAAGUUGAUGCAGCAAAAAUAAUGAAAUAAAUUUUGUAGGCUUUAGCUUAUUGUCAUAAUUAAAGGAUAGUUCAUAGAGAUAUUAAACCAGAGAAUUUAUUAUAUGAGAGUGAUAAAAAAAAUAGUCAGUUAAAAGUUAUUGAUUUUGGUACCUCUAAAAGAACUACAGGAAAGAAUUUAAGAGAGAUUAUUGGGACAGUAAGUAUAAUUUAACUUUUAAAAAGGCUUACUAUAUGGCACCUGAGAUGUUUACCGAAUAGUAUAAUGAGAAAUGUGAUAUUUGGUCAGCUGGAGUUGUUUUAUAUAUUUUGUUAAGUGGUAAGCCACCUUUUGAUGGUGAUACAGAUGAUGACAUCUUUGAAUCAAUAAAAAAGGGAACAUAUUCAUUGUCUUCAACUUAAUGGUUAGGUGUUUCACCAGAAGCUAAAUAAUUAAUUCGAAAAAUGCUUGAAUAUUAAGAAUCUAAACGAUAUUCAGCUUAAGAUUGUCUCAAUGAUCCUUGGAUACUCUAAUAUACAAAAGAAGAAGUCAAAGCUCCAGUUCUUGAAAGUGUAUUAACCAAUAUGAAAACCUUUAGAGUACUAUAUAUAAAUUUAACUUAUGAUAGACUACUUAAAGAAUUCAAGAGGCUGCUUACAUGUAUAUUAUUAAACAAUUCACUACAAAAGAGGAGAAAGAAGAAUUGCUAAAAACAUUUUAAAGUCUUGAUAAAAACUCUGAUGGCGUUUUGACAAAAAAGGAAUUACUUGAGGGUUAUAUGAGGAUCAUGCCUGAAUCAGAAGCCAUUUUAUAAGUUGACUAGAUUAUGCAGUCAGUUGAUAAAAAUUAAUCAGGAAUUAUUGAUUAUUCAGAAUUUGUAAUGGCAACAAUAAAUAGAAAAACAGCCUUAACUUAAGAACGAUUAGAAUAGGCAUUUAAAGUAAUAGAUAAAGAUAAUAGUGGAACAAUAACAAUCGAAGAGUUAAAAUAAAUGUUUUAAUCUGGAAAUAAACUUCCUUAAGAAACUUGGGAGACUUUGAUGUCAGAAGUGGAUAAAAAUGGAGAUGGAUUGCUUUCUCUUAAAGAAUUUAAGGAUAUGAUGCUCCGCUUAAUCUGAG